GUGCGCGCGGCUGCUGGUAGAGGACGACAGCGCCACCGGACAUUGAGCUUCCACAUCUCGGCUGCGAGUUCUAGAGGAGGAGACGAAGACUGUGGACAGGAGGAGGAAGAAGACUCGUUCUGUCUGACAUUAUUACUGUUCAUUCGACGGCUCGGUGAAUUGUGUCCGCCAUGAAGCUCCUGUGGGCUGUCAGUGCCCUUCUGCUCAGCUGCUUGCGAGCCAAUGCGUCCACAGCCCCAAAUAUCAUUGCCGAACCUUCUGAGGUUGUCAAUCAGACCGCCGCAAUCCUCAGCUGCAACUUGACAGGGUCCAGCCUUCCCAUCAAGGGAUCCCACUGGACGCACAACGGCAAAAUCAUCGAUAGUUCCAUGUCUGAAGAAUCCACUCCAUUCACUACCCUCCGUUUGGACAAGAUCACCCACCAUUCAUCUGGGAAGUAUGAAUGUGUGUUCAUGACUGAGCCUGAGGGGAAGCAGACAAUUGAAGUCAAAAUACUCCCCCAUGUUUCUACCCACAAAAACUCCGAGCAUGGCAAUGAGAAUGACGAAGCUAAGCUGGUGUGUGAUAGCCAUGGCUAUCCACUGCCUACUGACUGGAGCUGGUCCAAAGAGGUCGAUGGCAGGAAAACACCUAUCAUCAACGGCACCAGUGACAAGUACGAGAUCAAGAGCACCCCCAACAAGACCACCCUGAUCAUUAAUAACUUGAGUAUCAACGAGGACAUUGGAGACUACAUCUGCUUUGGAACCAACGAACUCGGCACAACCUUCAAUACGAUCCACUUGCGUGUUCGCAGUCGCCUGGCCGCUCUCUGGCCCUUCCUUGGCAUUGUGGCCGAGGUCAUCAUCUUGGUGGCCAUCAUCUUCAUCUAUGAAAAGAGGAGAAAGCCUGAUGAGAUCACCGACGAUGAUGACUCAGGAUCUGCUCCUCUGAAGAGCAACUCUAAUGACAACCACAAAGACAAGAAUGUGAGGCAAAGGAAUUCUAACUAGAAGCUGAAAGUGAUGGACGAGCAGAUGGCAGUCCAUGACUCAGCGGUUUUUGGGCACAUUCUUUUGUGCACCCUGCAAUUAUAAGUAUCUUUUUGUGCUCAGGUGUUGAUGUUUUAAGAACCUGAAGGAUUUCCUCUCAUUUAAUUUUCUGCUAUAUUCUUCUCCACAUUGUGCUACCAGAGAACAUAGUGUGAAAUAAUAUUUUCUGCUUGAGGCCUCCGGGGCAAAUAUUGCAUGAGCUUAAACGCUGUUCUAGCCAAGUGUGUGUAUUCGUUGUGAAAUCAUUAGAAGGUUCAUGUGAGGAAUGCUUAGUUAGUGGUUCUUUUCUGUUCAUGCUGAUGCUUCCUACACUGACCGCACAGUUGUCGGUCUUUGCUUUUUAUAUUCUCCGAUCAGGACUGGUGACUUGUAAGCAGCACAAGUUCUGUUUAGAGGAUCUGAAACACAGUUUUUGAUCCUGAUCCACCACUGCCAUUCUUACAGCAACAACUGAAGUGUGUUUGAAUUCACACGUUUGAUCUGUCCCUACACCACCACAAACCUUUCUCUGCAGAGUUUUAUACUUUGCCUUAACAAGCACCGUUUCUCCUCGCUCCUCUUUGGAUUUUUUCCCUUGUUACAAUUUAAAAUGUGAGGUUUAAAUUAAAAUGCAGAAAUUGUAAAGAAGCAAUGUUUUUAGGUUAAGUUGCCAUAAGAAAUUUGUCAUGCUUUUAUUUCAUUUUAAUUUUCACAUAUUUUAAAUAAAUUUGUAUUCACCUCUUGUGUUUGUUGCCGAUGUCAGAUCCACAAUAAAAACCUUUUAAGGACCAAGUGCAAGAGAUGCAAGUUGUGUUGCUUCAGUUGAAUGCAACGUAAAUACUGAUGUGCACUAAAGUUAAGAAACUGCAGAUGAACAUUCAAUACGUCGAUUUGUCUUUUUCACUCAAUGUGAUCUGAGGUAAAUCAUUUUCUGUACGACUGUCGGACCACUGUUUCUGUCCCCUUCACUGUGUAGAUGAUUCAAAGCCAUACAUUUAACCUGAAUAGUGUUGUGAUUGGAUGUUACCGUUUCAGAGUUUAACGAAUAAAAAAAGACCUAACUAGAUUUGUGCAAACUGUUGUACCAUCCAAUUGCAUGGAACACCAUCUGUUGUACAACUUUCACAAACUAAAUAAAGGUAUAUUUGAUUUGA